AUGGCAUUAGCAGGGAGUCACUUUGGUGGCCAAUGGGGCUCAUUCGCUAUCGCAGGAGACUCUUUCAACUUGUCCAUGACAGACCAUGUCAUCCGAACACAGGCGGACCUCGGUGAACUCGAUGAGUUCUACAACAUUGGCAUGGCCCCGCGCCGGUAUCAGGCCCUGACGACAUAUCACAAGAGCGAACAGGAUCUUCUUAGCGAAAUUGACUUUGAGCAUCUCGAUCAGGAAGGCAAAGUGGACUAUAUUAUGCUCAACACGUACCAUACACGUCAACUCAACAAUCUGGAUCUUCAGAAAGCCUCGAAAGAGAAAUAUGAUCCCCUGCUACCGUUUGCGGAUGAUCUUAUUGGGAUACUUGAGGCGCGCCAGGAUGUCGAUCCUAUGAAGGCAAAAGAAACAGCUGGUUUGCUGAAUAACAUCACCAAAUCUAUCGCCAAAGUACAGACAAAGGUGCAAGAUGAUGGUUUCAAUGUCACGGAAACAACGGGAUAUCUCGCGAGUAAAGCCGUCGCCAACCUUCUUGAUCUUUUGGGCGAAUGGUUCACAUUUUACUCAACAUAUGAUCCCCUGUUUGACUUCUGGGUUACAACGCCUUGGCAGGCGGCGAAUACCUCUCUUACAAGCUAUCUUGACGUCGUUCAGACAAAACUGGCCGGGAUGAAUCAAAAGGACGGAGAAGACGCCAUUGUUGGGGAGCCAAUCGGGCGCAAAGGACUGGAAGUCGAACUCGAAGCCGAGAUGAUUCCCUACACGCCUGAGGAGCUCAUCAAGAUUGGCAACCAAGAAUUCGCAUGGUGCGAAAAGGAAAUGAUCAAACAAUCCGAAGCUCUCGGCUACGGCAAGGAAUGGAAGAAAGCCCUUGAACACGUCAAAAACGACUACGUUGAUCCCGGCAAGCAAACAGAAUUUGUUCGCAACUUGGUCGUUGAAGGAAGUCUCUUCGUCACAGAGCGCGAUCUCGUCACCAUUCCCCCUUUGGCAAUCUCAACGUGGCGCAUGACGAUGAUCAGUGCAGAACAACAGAAAGUUUCGCCCUUCUUCCUAGGCGGUCCGGUUAUUCAAGUUUCCUAUCCGGUUUCAUCAAUGGAGCAUGAUCUUAAACUCAUGGUCAUGCGAGGAAACAACAAGCACUUCGCUCAUGCGACGGCUUUCCAUGAAAUGUUCCCUGGCCACAGACUGCAGCUCUACAUGGCCGAUCGGUAUAACUCUCAUAGGAAAGAAAUUUUCGAUACCCCCUUCUUUGUGGAAGGUUGGGCAUUGUACUGGGAGUUCCUAUUCUACUCUCGAGAUGACUUCCAUAAGUCUCCUGAAAAUAGGAUCGGUGCACUUUGGUGGCGCAUGCAUCGCUGUUUGAGGAUUAUUUUCUCGUUGAAGUUUCACUUAGGUGAGAUGACGGCUCAAGAGGCUGUUGAUCUGCUCGUUGAGAGGAUCAAUCACGAGAGGAGUACGGCUGAGGGCGAGGUCAGACGAUCUGUCGAGGGGACAUACUCGCCGCUUUAUCAAGCUGGGUAUAUGCUUGGUGCGCUUCAGCUUUGGAAGUUGAGAGAGAUGGCUGUUGAUGGUGGGAAGAUGACGCAGAAGGAGUAUCAUGAUGCUAUUUUGAAGACUGGUGGGUUGCCGAUUGAGAUGCGGGAUGGAAGUUCUAUGACUUCAAUUAAGCAUUAUUCUAUCUAG